CCAUCCUGCACAUACCAGAUGCAUCUCUACAUUCUUCUUCCGUCUAUUUAUAUCGGAGUAGCAGAACUCCCCUGUCAUCCGCUUCUUUCUUUUCUUUAACAACAGCAGAGCCGAUUUGAUCACCAUGUCUUCCAACGCAUGGGUCUGCUUGGUGGUGCUCGGAUUGGCGUUGCCGUGGCUCAUGGGAUCGAUGGUAAUGGCGGACAUAGAGAGUGACAAGAAAGAAUGCACGACGCCGCUGACGACGUUAUUGCCGUGCCUGCCAUAUGUGCAGGGGCAGGCAAAAGUCCCAACGCAGGACUGCUGCGGAGGGAUGCAGAAUGUGCUCGACACCAACAGGAAAUGCCUCUGCAUUCUCAUCAAGGACCGCAACAACCCGCAGCUCGGCAUCGAGUUCAACGCCACGCUGGCCCUUCGCGUCCCCGACUUCUGCAAGAUUCCGGCGAAUAUCACCGAAUGCCUAGACAUCUUGCACAUUGCACCCAAUUCUCCGGAUGCUAAGAUUUUCGAGCCAAACUCCGGCAGCCCCAGCCCUGCCGGCUCAACUCCAGCACCACCCGGACCAAAAGGUGCAGCUGUGGAUGGUUCUAGUUCGCCGACCAGCGGUUGGAGCGACCAAAGAGGAAGCAACUUGGGGACUGGACGCCUUCUUCUACUCAUGGGCUGGUUUCUCAUGUCUCUUUCUAUGUCUAUUUGGAACUGAAGGACCAAUAUCCUAGAAAAGAUCUUUCAUGCUGAAACUCUAGGCCUAAUAACAAACUGAAUGUUCCAUGGUUCUUAUUGGUUUGUGUUGUGAAAUAUUUGGCUUGUAUUGCUCAAACGAUCAUGAAUGGAAACUGGUUUGCAAUAGAAGUAUCUUUUCUUUUCUAAAUUUUUAAAAAAACAGGCUCUGCUGGAGAAGAAUGCAAGUUUGAAUAUGGUACUUUAACCGCAUGAGAUGCACACAAAGAUGGUGGUUCAAUGAAUGAAAUGUUAAUUCUAA